UUCUUUUUUCGUUCUCACUCUCUUUUUUAGCUGCUAGUUCGUGGCUGUGGCUGCUGCUGCUGUUGCUUCUUCAUUUUGCCUACCGAAUAGUUUUUGCAUUUCUUUCAGCGGCGUUCACUGCUAAGAAAGAAGGGAUAGGAAAAACCCUAAUUCCGCUUUCACCAUGAACUGUUCAAUCUCCGGCGAGGUGCCGGAAGAGCCCGUCGUCUCCAAGAAAUCCGGCUUGCUUUACGAGAAACGCUUAAUCGAACGACACAUUUCGGAUUAUGGGAAGUGUCCGGUUACAGGGGAACCGCUUACAAUGGACGACAUUGUCCCGGUCAAAGCCGGCAAGAUUGUAAAGCCCAGAUCGUUAACAGCGGCUAGCAUUCCUGGGAUGCUUGGAAUGUUUCAGAAUGAAUGGGAUGCUUUAAUGCUAUCCAAUUUUGCACUGGAGCAGCAGCUACAUGCAGCAAGGCAAGAGCUAAGUCAUGCACUCUACCAGCAUGAUGCUGCCUGCCGUGUGAUUGCAAGACUUAAAAAGGAAAGGGAUGAAGCCAGGUCAUUACUUGCACAGGCUGAAAGGCAGGCACCCUUGCCAGCAUCGGCAGUUACUGCCAAUGUUUCUGCUCUUACCAAUGGAAAGCGAGCUGCAGAGGAUGUAGAUAUGGGGCCUGGGGCAAAGAGAAUGCGUCCUGGGAUUUCUGAUAGUAUUAUUGCUGAGUUAACAGAAUGUAACGCAGCUCUGUCACAACAGCGUAAAAAGCGCCAGAUACCUCCGACAUUGGCUCCCAUUGAUGCUUUGGAGAGGUAUACACAACUUUCUAGUCAUCCCCUUCACAAGACAAACAAACCAGGGAUCACUUCAAUUGAUAUCAAUCUUUCAAAGGAUAUUGUUGCCACAGGAGGAAUUGAUUCAAGUGCUGUACUCUUUGAUCGAACAUCUGGAGAGAUCUUAUCAACGCUUAGUGGUCACUCGAAGAAGGUUACAAGUGUAAAAUUUGUAGCUCAGAACGAUGUUUUUUUAAGUGGAUCAGCAGAUAAGACUGUUCGCAUUUGGCAAGGGUCUGAAGAUGGAAAGUACGAUUGCAGGCAUAUUUUGAAGGAUCAUACAGCUGAGGUGCAAGCUGUCACAGUCCAUGCCACAAAUAACUACUUCGUAACUGCUUCCCUUGACACAACAUGGUGCUUUUAUGAUCUUUCCUCUGGCAUAUGCUUGACACAGGUUGAAGACCCUUCAAAUUCCAUGGGCUAUACAUCUGCUGCGUUUCAUCCAGAUGGUCUCAUCCUUGGGACAGGCACCACCGAAGCUACUGUUAGAAUUUGGGAUGUGAAGAGUCGGGGAAAUGUUGCCAACUUUGAUGGUCACACUGGGGCAGUAACAGCCAUAUCUUUCUCAGAAAAUGGUUACUUCCUUGCAACUGCUGCACAUGAUGGUGUUAAGUUGUGGGAUCUGCGCAAAUUGAAGAACUUCCGAUCAUUUGAAUUAUAUGAUCAAGACACACCAACUAACUCUGUGGAUUUCGACCAUAGUGGAACUUACCUUGCAAUUGCAGGCUCAGAUAUAAGAGUUUACCAAGUUGGCAGCGUCAAAGCAGACUGGACUUGCAUCAAAACUUUACCUGAUUUGUCUGGCACAGGUAGAGCAACUUGUGUAAAAUUUGGUCCAGAUGCAAGGUACUUGGCGGUGGGAUCAAUGGAUCGCAACCUCCGCAUAUUCGGCCUUCCUGAAGAUGAUGCUUCAGCUGAGUCAUAAAAGGCCUUCUGUUUGACAUAUAUGGGAGAAGUCCUGGUCCUGAACACCCUUGCAAUUGCUAAUUGUGACUGUUAUUGUUUCAUGGUUGAAGUUAAACGCCAGAUUUUGAGGUCCAUUUAAACCUUAGUUUUGUGCUUUUGAGGCUAGGGCAUGAAUGUCUUCUACCAGUUUUGGCCAGUCCUUUCCUCCAGCAAGUGUAUGUGCCGGUGUAUCAGCUAAAUCUUUGAAGAAAUGAAAAGCCAGUCGAUCAUGUCACUUUAUCGGAGAGAACAUAGAGACAAUUUUCAACUCUAGAUUUGUAAACGUCACUAAUGGGAUUUUCCUCUACUAGCCUACGCUUGAUUGGAACUUUAUUUUAAAUUUUUGUUAUUGUGUAGCCAUCUUAACUGUUUAUUUGUAUGCUCUGAGUGGAUGGUUCUGUUCUUCUUAUGAGCCACUAUUCAUGCUGGCUAAUCAGGCUA